CCCACCGCCAUCUUGAACCCGAAAGUUUCUCCCAAAACCCAAAAACCUUCAAAAACCCGAUCGAACAGCUAAUAAUCCUCCAAGAGCUUUCAAAGAGCAGUAAAAAGGGAGAAAGUCGGUGGAAAAUCAAACAAUCUUCUCAUAGCUUGAAUAGAACCCCAGAGCUUCGGUCGCUCCGUGCACCUAUCCAAGUCCUCCAGUGCCUCAAGUACCUAUCUAGGUGUUCCUUCCAUCGCGCGUGAACACUCCGACAAAGCCCAGAGUAAUCACAACCCCGAGGAGCAAAGUGAGAGAAACAAUUCCAAAACCAAAGUGACCGGAGACCCUGGGGCGUUGUGUUGAGAAUUUAUAAUUGUUCGUACGUGUCUCGUGGAUCACCGAUAUGAAUCUUACAGCGACACGUUGUUGGACUACAAUCGAGUGGUUGUGAUGAUAAAAAUAGCUGUCAGGAUCUCAAGGAGCACCGGAUGGCCCAGUGAAGGAUCAAGUUGUUGAGAUUUUUUUUUCAGACUACGAUUCUUGAUUUGUUUGGUGAUUAGAAGUGAAUAUGUGGCUCAGAGUGCUGACGAGCUGAGACAAUCGAUGGACGCGGCCAUGUUCUCUGGUAGCAGAAAUUUUCCCCAUUAGUAUUUAUUUUUUUACGUUUUUUUUACUGUGAAAGUGACCAGAAGUGCAUUUUUGGCGGUUUUUGCAUUGUGAAAGGGGUCUUGGUGAGGUGGUAAACAUCAUAAUGCCGAUAUGCAACGUGAAGACGAAAUGUCUGCCAGCAACAUUUGCCUGGAGCCUUCUACUCAUCACUACGACACUGUAUUUCUAUUAUCCGUGCCAAUACUACAUAUUCGAGUAUCCAUGGGUUCCAGCACUCCAAGGAGUCAUUACCUUCCUCGUUCUCACCAAUUUUGGCCUCGCCACAUUUAUGGAUCCUGGUGUCAUACCAAAAGCACCUCCAGAUGAAGACAGAGAAGAUGAGUUUCGUGCUCCUCUUUUUAAGAACGUCGAAAUCAAUGGAAUAACAGUUCGCAUGAAGUGGUGUGUCACGUGUAAAUUCUACAGGCCACCCAGAUGUUCACACUGUAGCGCUUGUGACCAUUGCAUCGAGACCUUCGACCAUCAUUGUCCAUGGGUCAACAACUGCGUGGGGAGAAGGAACUACAGAUAUUUCUUCUAUUUCCUAUUAUCACUGAGCUGCCACAUGCUCAGUAUUUUUGGACUAUGUCUGUACUUCGUGCUACAGCACAAGCAGAAACUGGGGGAGGUCGACACCACAGUGGCGAUGGUGCUGAUGGGAGUGGUUACACUGCUGUUCUUCCCCAUUUGUGGAUUGACAGGUUUUCAUGUGGUGCUUAUAUUUAGAGGAAGAACGACGAAUGAACAAGUCACGGGUAAAUUCAAUGGUGGAUACAAUCCAUUUUCACGGGGCUGUGUUCGUAAUUGCUGCUACACACACUUUGGACCACGAUAUCCUAGUUUAAUGAAGCCUGAAAAGUACUUGGGGAAACGUCGUGGAGCGUGUGCUUCAGAGAUGUCUCCAACAGACAGCGAGAACCAGGUAAAAACCUACAUGGAUAGCAGCAAUGGUGUUAGAAAUGCCAGUUCAAAUGCUUACAAUAAGCUGUCACCAAGGAGGGACGGUUCGGACACUGAUAUGGAGCCGACGGCCUCGCAGUCAGCCGAUUGCGAGCCGACUCCACCAUUACAAAGACAUGGAUCAAAGAGCAAUUUCUUCCUACCACCGGUUGAGGCCAGUGACUCACCGCGACAUCCAUUACCACAAAAUCAUCAUCCUAUUCAUUAUCCAAGGGGUAGUUCACACCCCAGGCCAAGGGGCAUGAAUGGUUCCCGAAGCCAUACCCCCGAUGUUCUCUCACCCGAGGGGGCAGGAGGAUCAUGUGGACUUCAGAGAGGUCAGGGACAGGUUGGAGGUGGUGCUAGUCCAACGAUGCAGCAACGGAUAAAAGCUAUAGGCGUGCCAACGCCUCUUGCCAUUUCCAGUAAUAUUCGCAGAUCAAAUCCUGGUACCCCGACGCAGGUACGUCGGCCGGACUACAUAGGAGUGACCGAGACACCCACUUACUACGACGUGCAGCAUCACAACAACAUGCCAGUGGGCCCCAACGGCUCAGGGGUCCCGGGCUACAGUCCCCAGCGUCGUUUUCUCUCUGAAAGUGAAUUGAUCCGCAGUAAUGAUCAUCACUACGCUCGCACCAACAACACUGUUGACAAUAUUCGCGAGCUGGCCGGCUCUCCCCAACGGGGUGUUUACAUGUGGAAGGAUCACUCACCCUCGGCAUAUCCGAGUGUCCAGGUGCCUCAUCCCACUUUAGCAUCGAUGCAAAGACCACCCCCUUACGACUACUACUGCUCCAAUCCCACCAGCCCCACACAGCAGCCUUACAAUCCUCCCAGGGCUGCUUAUCAUCCAGCAACACGAGGUGGAGUGCCAGUUUUUCCACCUCAUCAGUCGCCCCAGGUCAAACGCAAGACCAUGGCAACACCCACAACUCCGACCUCAAACGAUGCCAGACGCAGGCCCAUGUCCUUCGUCAGGGCCCUCGAAAUGACUGAUUCAAUGGAAAUGGUUGCUGUGCCUGGCGACAACAGGAGUAAUCAGAGACCAACGACUCCAACCCCUGACAGAGGAAGUGUUUAUGAUAUGAACUAUGAGAUAUCAGUAUAACGGUUUGGGAGGUGGAAAUGGCAAUGGGCCGAGGUGGCUGUGUGAGGGGGCUUUUCGCAAUUAUCUUUUUCAUUUGGCCAAAUAUUUGUGUUAUUCAUUUUUCAUAAAAACCAUACGAUCAGUGGGGGGUCUUGUUCAAGCGAGAGAAAUUAAACAGCUUUGCGAGAGCUCAAUUUAUUUCGAUUCAUUUUUGGCUUCCAGUUUUUUCGGAUUCUCAAGGGUGACAGGGGAAUUAUUUCUUUUGCGCAAAUUUUGGUGGCUUCAUUAGAAUAUUUCGAUGAUUGUUUCUUAUUAAAAAAUUACGUUCUGGCAUCCAAGAGAGACCGAUAACAUUUUUGGAGAGGGGAGAGGGGUAGUUCAGGGCUAGCGAAAUGAUUCGUAAUAAAAUUUUGAUAUCAAUGGUUAAAAAAAAAUUUUUCAUGGAAAAUUUGUGGAGAAAAUGAGUUGAUGAAAAAAAUUUCUACUCAAAAGAGCCGAUAUCUCGAUUAGGUCCAGAGAUAUUAUAUUAUAAAUAGAAAUUAAACCUAAUUGUUCAUCUUGACUCGCCCACCUCAAUAUUUUCCUCAUCCCAAUAAAAUUAUAAAUUUAUAAUCAAUAAAAAUCAUAACACAGGGACCUCUUUUUAUCGCCCAGAUUAAUGACUACUGACAAUUGUUAAUUAUUGUCACGUCUGUAGUUAGGAAUAUUUUUAAAUUUAGUUAAUCGUUAUAACGAGAACAUCACAUGCUACUGUGGCAGCCGAAUAAUAAAUUAAAACCACUGUAUGGUAUUACGAUGGUUAUUAAGUUGACGAGAAUGAUAAAAAAUGUCCAAAUACCUUAAUAGUAAACCAUGAGAAUGAGAGAUAUGUAUCUACUAGCAACACCCGUUUUUUAGUACACGUUAAGGUCAGUUUAGAUUUUUAUAUAGGGUCACGUGACUCGAGAGGACACGCUACUUACAUCGACGUUUUUAUUGUUUUUUUUUCUGAAAAUUAUUCUGUCUUGUGGUGAUACGUUAUCAACAACAAUUUGCAUUUUUCGUUCUUUCUAAUCGCCAGUUGCUUCUGUAAUCAGUAUUUUUGAGGGGAAAAAGUCAUGAGAUUUAACCCAGAAAACCAAGCAAUGCAAAUGAACAUCUGUCUAGAGGUAAAAAUUUCCUACAAAAAAUAUUUCAUGUUUUUUUUCUAAUGGUAUUCGUUCGUGACAUCAUUGAACCGCUAAUGACAUGUGAAAAAUCAAAUGUUGAAUUACGUUUCAUCACUUAAUUCGAAAAUUGCUCGGGUUGCUUUAUUCUUUGCUCGAUAGUUUCCGAAUAAUUGUUGUCGAAAUAUUUAUAAACCUGAAACAAUUAUAAUUUCCCAACUACAUAUUUAAUUGCAUUCAAUUAUUAUUUUCGUUGAUAACAUUUUUGUUUAUUUUUACAAGAAGAAAUCGUUUUUUUAUUUAUUAUUUUUCUUGUUUCGAAAAAUACGUGAAAACGAUGACUAUGUGGAAUAUUUAAUCAAAGAAGAGGAGGAAAAUCAGUGGGAGAAGAAUUAAAAACAUUUUUGUGCAAGUGUGUGUGUGCGUGGGUGUAGGAAGGGGAGAAAGAAUUGUCCAUUUGAAAAAAAAACAUAAACAAAUAUAACAGAGUUACUUAAUCAACUCAAGUCAUUAUCAAGAUUAGGAUUAACGAGGAAACGAAUUUUUUGUGUAUAAAUAAUUGUCAAAUGUGUAGUAAACAAAAUUUCUAAUACAUAUUUAAUGAUAUUGAAGUGGUGAAGGUGAAAUUAUUAUUUCUCAUUGAAUGUGUACAAUUAACAAGAAUAUUUACUUUUCAGUCAUUGUUUGUGUUGUGAAUAGACAUCGCGAUGGGCAUGAAGAAGAUAAUUGCUCUCAUGGCAUUUUUGAUAUUAUUUUUCAUUAUUCCAGUCGUACAGUGGGAUCUACGACUUCAUUAAUGAUUUCCAAAUAAAUAAUUUCAGUUCAGGAUACAGCAUAUCCUUCCACGAUCGUUCCACGCAGUUGUCUUCUUCACCCCCAACCAAGCAAUUAAAACCAUUAUUUUUUUAUCUUUGGGUGAGUGUGAAGAGUACGAGUGUAAAG